AAUUGUUUAUGAAAAUCAGCAAUUAACUAACAAUUAGUAGCCAAUGGUUGAAUCCGUUGCAAUACAUCACGUGAUCAUCUCGUUCACUACACUCACUCGACUCGUUCGACAAACUUUACAAUUUUAGUUUAAGGUUAGAAUAAGAAAAAGAUAUUUUUAUCGCGGUAUAAAGAGCGUUGUCUACAAUUGUAAUGUCACAGCGAUAUGAUUGAGUGAAUCUCUUGAAAUUCGGAAUACGCUAUGUUUCUUUUUUAUCAUAAACGAUAUAAAUGUUAAUAAUAUUUAUACGUUAUUGAGCGUGUUCGUUAUACCUUCAAGAAAAUAAAACUCACUGACGUACAAAAUGGCUUUACCUCCAAACUAUAAGCAAGUGGCAAUGGCUACUUCAAAUAUUGUUGCAUCUAAUCAAAGACUUAGAGCCUCUGGUGGAAGUAGUAGUAGUUCAACUAAUAGCAAAGAUGCACAAAGCCCAUUCAUUCAAACGCCUCAUAGUCAUCCAGGAUUUACACCACAAAAAGUUGGGAAAAAUACAAACGCUGAUUCCCGUAUGCCCAAACCACCCAAGCCACCAGAAAAACCUCUUAUGCCUUAUAUGAGAUAUAGUAGAAAAGUUUGGGAUCAAGUGAAAGCUCAAAAUCCAGAAUUAAAAUUAUGGGAAAUAGGAAAGAUUAUUGGACAGAUGUGGAGAGAUUUACCAGAGGAGGAUAAAACAGAAUUUAUCGAAGAAUAUGAAGCUGAAAAGGUUGAGUAUGAGAAAAGUUUGAAAACUUAUCACAACUCGCCUGCGUACUUAGCUUACAUCGCAGCUAAAAAUAGAGGAAAAUCUGCAUUAUGCGCCGCACAACAAAAUAAUGAUGAUCGAGAAAGUCAUGAACGUUCUUCAGGCAGUACCAAAGGACAAGCAGCGCAAGAUAGAAGAAUAGAUAUUUUACCUGCAGAAGAUGAUGAUGAUCAAGAUGAUGGAUAUUCCGUAAAACACGUUGCGUACUCUCGAUAUACUCGAAACCAUCGUCUUAUUAACGAGAUAUUUAGUGAUACUGUAGUUCCGGAUGUUCGCUCGGUUGUUACUACACAACGAAUGCAAGUAUUACGCCGUCAAGUACAGUCUUUAACAAUGCAUCAGAAAAAGCUCGAAGCUGAAUUACAACAAAUAGAAGAAAAAUUUGAAGCAAAGAAACGUAAAUUUAUCGAGACAAGCGAAAUAUUUCAAGAAGAAUUGAAGAAGCAUUGUAAACCAGCUGUAGAUGAAGAAACAUUCAAUAAGAUGGUGGAACGACAAUACGAAGCGCUUAGGCGAGAUAGAUUAAAAGGUGCAGAAGAAAAUCGCUCGGAUGGACCUGCAUCCAGCGAAUCAACUCCAAAUUCUACUCCUACUCCAACUCCUGCUCCUAUUAACGAUGAAACACCAUCCGAUGUUCCUGAUCAUGAUGCAAUGGAUAAAAAGACAAAUGGAACUGAAAAACUUAAUAAUGAAAUUAAAAAGGAAACAUCCUCACCACCAUAUACUGAAAAUAAAGCAGAACCUUCAUCAGCUCAAGGAAAUUCUAAUCAACAUACAUCCAAUUCUGGAAUGUACAGUGGAACUAUUAGUCCACUACAGCAACAGCAGCAACAACAAGCUCCGCCGCCGCCGCCGCCACCACCACCACCACCAGCACAACAGCAGCAGCAGCAGCAACAACAACAACCACCACCACAGUCUUCACAACCGCAAUCGCAACAGCAGCCACCACCACCAACUCAACAUCAUCAACAACCACCACCAAUUCAACAUCAACAACAACCACCACCACCACCACCAACUCAACAUCAACAGCAUCCACAACAACAACAACAGCCACCAACGCAACAAUCACAACCAUCUUCUUUACAAUCACAGCAACCUACUAUUAUUACUACUACUACUGCUACUACCACUACUACUGCUGCUACUACUACUACAGCAGCAGUUUCUGCUAACACUAAUGCACCUGCAAAUGCAACUGCAAAUACGCCGAAUAUGCCUCCUGUUUCUUCGCCAGCUCCUCCUAUACAACAUAAUCCUCAUCAACAAGGAAUGUUAGCUAAUCACUCAAUACCACCUCAUCAGGGAACCCAGGGAACACAGGUGCUUCCACCUCAAGGACCAGUUUCUAAUCCACAUACACCGCAAAUGAUUCCACCGAAUCAAGGCUACAGUCAGCAAUAUCAACCAGGACCUACUCAGCAGGCUCAAAAUGUUCCACUAGCUCCAAGACCUCCUCAUCCAUCCUAUGCUUAUUCUCAACAACAACCAUAUCAUCAACCAUAUCCUCAAUACGCACAUCCGUAUUACCAUCAACCAUAUUCGCAAUAUUCCCCACAUACUAUGGGCCGUCCUCACGCCCAUGGUCCUCACAGCCCGCACAGUCCUCAUUAUCAUCCACAAUCUCCUCAUGCCGUUGGCGAAAAUAAUACUACUAACAACAGCGUACCGAGUUCAAGCAACACUUCCGCACCAACUUCCGAUGCUAGUAAUUCAUCUUACUCUUCAGCAUCGGGACAUUGUGAAAAUGAACGUUCCGUUCCUUCAGAAAAUCAAGAAGGCCAAGCAGAUAUUAAAUCAGGAUCUGGUUAAUUAUUUUUUAUAACCACAUACUAUUCUAUCUAUUCCCUUAUAGAUUUCCCUUGAUUUUAUGUAAACUGUAAAAUUACAUCGAUUACAUCGAUGCAUUUAAACAGUUGUAAUAAAUUUGUCAUAUGCAUUCAGUUUGUACAAUAAAGAUGCAUUGUCAAUCUUUCAUUUUUA